AUGAAGCGCCUCUUCGAACACUUUGAGCAAAGCUUCAGUCUCUUCGAGACCUACACUCACGCGGAUAAGCGUGGUCUCAGCACCGAAUUUAGCAGCCCAUUCCAACUCCUGAUAAUGGGCAAUCAGAACAUAUGGGCAACCUCCGAGUUCGAAUUGAUUCGGCCAACCCUCGAUAAGAAGUCGCGACUAUUCCGCUCCAGAAACACAACGUCCUCCGGCCAGUAUGUGUCCUCAAACCCAGAUUCCAUGGCAGCCUUCAGGGUCGUGUAA